GCCGCUUUAGGCCGUCUGUUUAGGAAGAACAUGUCGAAUGACAAUGGCAAUGAGGUUCAGAACAGGCGAACAGAGUUGCGCGUGACGAAUGCCAGGAGAGAAUGGAUUAGAUUGCCCUCUGCGGAGGAGGUUACGUCGGAGCUUUCUUCUGCUUUGGUCGAUGGGGAAUAUAUCUGGAAGAAGCAGCUUGAAAUUAUACAGGAGGCAGCAGCAAAUCUUACGAGAGCCAAAAAACUUAGACCGAAGGGCGGUGGGAACGAUGGCGGCUAUGGCGGCGGCUAUGGCUUAAUACUACCCAAGGCACAAGUUGAUGAUGGAGGUGGUGGUGAGGAGGAGGAGGAGUUUUACGAUGAUCAGGCAAAGGAGAUCCAGACGGUUUAUGCGGAAAGCUGUCCCUCGGAGGUGGUCGGGCGUGGGAAUGAAGUGAACUCCUGCGGCGGAGAGUCGCUAAGGACGAAUGAGAACCAGCUGCUGCUGGUUGCAGAGUGGUAUCUUGUUGGUGUUUCCCCGCCUCGCGCUGACAGUGACGAUUGCGGAUUCGAUCCCUCAAUCGGCGGCGGCGGCGGCGGCGGCGGCGCUGGUGUCGGGUUACCGAACGGCAGCGGAUGGUUGGCGGAAGGUGGUGAAAGCGUUAUUGACAUUGGCAGCCGCCACGUGGUCCCAGGUGGCGGCGGCGCCGCCGGAGUUCGUGUUGGCGGACUCCUUCUCUCUGGCCCUGGAUGUCCUUCAUUGACUGGAUCUGUCUACUUGAGUCAUCGUGUGGUCAGAAGGAUCACGAAGCGCCUGUUGCUGACUGCGGCGGGAACGCGGAUUGAACUCUACGGCCUGCCGGACAUCAUGGCGGGCGGUCUCCUCAAUGAGAACGGCGGCGGCGUCGUUGCUGAACGUGUCCUACCUUGUUUUCUGGAUGGAUUCCCAGUUAAUUGGCGGGAAUUACUGGGUAUGACAUUGUGGUCAGGCGCAAGGGGAAGGGGAGGAAGAAAGAUUUCCGCCUGUAAAAACGCUUCCGAACGGGGGAAGAGUGGCCGUUUGCUUCCGCCCGUGCGUCCUCCUUGCGCCGCCGGCGGGGGGGAUGAUCAUGCGCUCGGCGCAAAGAUGGCGGACACUAGCGGAACUGCGCGGGAGAUCGGAAAGAAGAUUCCGCUCUGUUGGCGGAAGGAUGGGGAGGGUCUUGCAGCUACCGCGUCUAACCAUGAAGAAGGAACAGCGAGAGAGACAGAGAGGAGGGGGGAAGGAGCGCGCAGGAAGAGGGAAAGUGCCGCCGAUGGAGUGGAGUUCCAGGAGUCGGCAGCGGUACUGAGAAGUGCGGCAACCAUGGAAGAGGAGGACGGGGAUGAUGAUGACCAGAACCUAUAUGAUAAUGACGUGGAUCCCGCAGCGUCGCUGCCUGGUGAAGAGAAGGAUGCGAAGAGUCCUGGAAGGCGUGAGGACGAUGCCAACUGCUCGACGACUGCGGGCAUAGCAGUCAUCAAUAAUAAUCAUAAUAACGACAACAACAACAAUAAUAACAAUAAUAAUAAUGAUAAUAAGAAUUGUAAUACUGAUAAUAAUAAUAAUAGGAUUAGUGAUAGCAACGAUGAUGAUAACAAUACUAGUACUGAUAGUAGGGGUAAUAAGAAUAGUGGGAGAACGAGAGGAGGAGAGGAUGAUGAUGACAGGAAACGUGAUGUCGGCUUGGUGGAAAGAGGCAAUGAUUAUUGCGUGAGUAGUGGGGAAAGAGCGGCGGAAGGUCGGAGCGCGUGCGGUGCGGGCGGCGGGGAUGGCCGCGCUGGGAGAGGGAAGUCGAUCUCCGUCCGGAGAGGGGUGGCGGGAAGCAAUGUCACCUCCCCCUCGUCAAUGCGAGGGGUACUCCGGGAUCGCGACUUGCCUCGUGCCCUAGAUCGGGAAAUGAAACUGUGCGAGGAUCCCGUCGCACGCGUCCAGAGUUCAAGUGCCGCCCGCUCUAGCUCGUUAGAUGUCGCUCAGGAAUGCCGCCCAUGUCGUUUCCAGGGCGAUUGCGCAAAUGUCGGAGUGGGGAAUAUGGGCGGCGCUGUCAUUACGAGCAUUCCCCCCGAGGACGAGGGCUUGCCACGUGCGCAAGAUGAUCACCACCGAGGCGUUUCCGGGGCCGAUCCGCCGCGUCACGAGGCUCAGAAGUUGGCGGGAUCAGUGUUGGCGGGAUCGGUUGAAGCAGCGGAUGGGUGUAAGGGCGGAAUUGGGACCACGAGCGGGGAAGCGUGUGUGGCAGGAAAAUGGGUGUGGUGGGGCUCAAAAGGCCCCGGGAUGGCGCCGGAGGCGAGAGACGACGCCCCAUCGGCGGCGGCGGCGGCGGAGAAGGCGCGCACUGUAGACGACGACGGUGUUUCCUCCUUACUUGCGGUGGACUUGUCCCUCCCCGAAGGUAUGUCGCCUAUAGAAGGCCUCGACCAUAUGCCGGAACGGUGGUAUAGCGGGCAAACGGCGGAAGCUAGCGGGCAAACGGCGGAAGCUAGCGGGCAAACGGCGGAAGCGAGCGGGCAAACGGCGGAAGCUAUCCUCUCAACGGCAGCGGGGAUGGUGGGAUUGACUGACAGUCAAUGGGCCGGCAAUUUGGGCGUUAAUGGGGGUAAAAGCGUAGUGUUAGAUCUGACCGGCGCUCGGAGCAAUGGUGAGGAGUGUGAAGACGAUUACUCCGACGAAGGGGAGGGGGAGAAGAGCGCGGGAAAGAGGUGGAGUGGGUCGGGGGGUUGCUGUGCGGGGAGGAUGAGCCCCAUUGACCUGGAAUCGACGUCUUUUCACGACGACGGGAGGGGGGCAGAACAGGCCUUGCAUGCUGGCAUAGACGCGGCUCUCGUUGGAACGCAUAGCUGGAUGGAGGACCUGGAGAUGGGUACAGGGGAUGACAUUAUAUCGCGAGACUUGAAGAUAACGGACGGUCGGGAUCUCCGAUCACCUGAUGCUGCUACAUCUCACAAGGACGGGAGAUGUCCCAUCAUACGUCCGAUCGAGCAGCACUCGCCGCCGCCGCCGCCGCCAGGCCACGUGGGCAAGCGCUCUGCGCCGCCAACAGGAUCGGACGAUCCGUCGUGUGGUGCCGCGGCGAACGCUCAUGACCGACAGCUAGUGAUUGGUGAUGGGGAGGAUGGUGGGUCCAAUCUCGUCUCUACAAGGGAGACUGAGGUGGUUGUUGCAAAAGGAGGAAGACAAGGCGGGCCAGGGGACGGUGGAGAAGGACCUGGAUUACUGGAUGGGGUGGAGGGGGUUUUGGGAGAUGAGGUUGGCGGGAAAGCAGGCGGCGGAGCAAGUGAGAUGCGGUUGGCGGGAAUACAUCAACCUGAUGGCCAUUCUCGGGGUGCAACAGAAGAUGGGCGAAGAAGAGGGCGAGGAAUAACUCGUCGAAGAGGCGACGAGAUCGGGAAGGAAAUGGAGAUGGCUGAUGGGAUGGGAGGUGCAGGCGCCAGUCUGACGAAGAACGGAAAUGAUGCUGUUGUGGUCACCGCGAGAGGAGGGGGGGAGGUUGGCGGCGGGGAGGAGGAAGAAGUGUGCGCCCGGCGGAGAGCUCCGCUUGGUCGGCGACCUGGGAGAAGAGAAGUGGGGCGAAGAGAGAAGACGAUGAUAGGCAUGGAGGAGGUGAAGUCCGGAGACCCGAGGCCGAGAGAUGGACAGACAGCAAAGGAAAGGGCCCAAGGAGAGGGAGAGAGGAACGUAGUAGACGAAGAUGCAGAGAUGGAAGGGCAUCAGAUGGGUAGGAGUGGGUCAGCAGCUGAAGAAGACGAAGAGAGUCUUUCUGUAGGCGGGCUGGCACGGACGGGCGACGAUGGUGAGAGAGCCUCACGACGAUGCACCGCCAAAAACGUGAAGUCUUCAACGAGAAAUAGCGAUGCACACGCGGAAGAGAGGGGGGAGCGGGCUCAAAUGCCACCGCCGCCCAGGACAAGGACAAAGAAGAGAAGAGCGGGCCGCACCGUCAUCUACAGAACGAAGCGGCAGAGGAAACGUCAAUCAGCAGCAGCACGGGGGGUUUGCACAGAUGGAAAUCUGGAACCUCCUGACUCGGAUGAUAUCCGCCGUCCCGAUCCGGAUCUCGAACCCGAUCCUGUUCCCGGUCAUCAGCCGCCGUCUUGCGACCGCGCCGUUCCGCCGGUUGUCGGCGUUGACCUGCCGCGGCGUUCCGCUGGACGAGGGGGAGAACGUGUAGCGCGUGCGGUCUCUUUGACUGACGUGGAGGACUCACAGGGAGGGAGCGAGGAAGGAGAUGGGAGAGGGGAGGAAAUAGAGGUGGUCCAAGAAAUAGGAGAUGGAGAUCGAGGAGAAAGAAGAGAAGGACCAAGGGCCUGCGAAGCAGAAGUACUUGUCCCUGCGCUGCGAUAUUCCUCGACGACGAAUAAAGAGGGCGGAGAGGAAGUGAACUGUUGGCGGACAAGGGGAGAAGAAGGGAAGAUCCGUUCAUCGUCAAAGAAUAAGGAGGGUGGGAAUAAAGGAAAUGCGGCACGGAGAAGGGGAGAGAAACCUGAGUCACGCGUAGCGAGACGGAAGUUGCUGCAGCCACCGGCCGAGGAGGAGAGGGAGGACGAGCAGGGCAUGAAGGGUAAUGCGACUAAUACUGUGCAAGAGGGAGAGAAUGAUGGAGAGGUGGGUGGGUUGGGAUCUAGAAUCGAAUGCGCCGUGGAGGCUAUGGCCACGAUUGCCUCAAGAGAGGAGGGGCCCGACGAAGGGAACUUACCGGAGACGAGCGGGGAAGAAGAGACGACGGAGGCAGAAGCAGGGAAGAAGAAGAGAGGACGGUAUGCGACCCGUGCGCUGGCCAGUUCAGCCAAGAAGAAUUUUCUAGAGAGAGAGCAGAAGGGGGGCGAGGAGGAGGGCGAGAGGAAGAACGAGGAAGACGACGUGAGUGGUAUCAGGACGGCGGCGAGGAACGGUGAGGAGUCUGCGACUAAGUAUCAUCAUACACGGCAUGAUGUGGGCGGCGUUCCCGAGGGGGGUGGUUUCUCAGGUGAUGGUGUCGUCGUGGAGGUCGUGAGUACGACAGAAGCUGAACCUCCGAGUCCGAAGAUUGUCGCUCGUAGAUCCGUUGAAAAUCAAGAGCGACAAAGCGCAGAUCUGAACGACGACGAGGAGGAGGAGGAGGAGGAGGAGGUGGAGGUGGUGGAGGAGGUGAACAGUGGGCAGAGGAGCAUGAUGAACAAGGCGAAGAAAGGACGUGAUGGGUGUGGAAAAGGAGUGCGAAAGGAGGUGAACCGCGAGGAGAGCAGCAUGAUGAAGAAGGCGAAGAAAGGACGUGAUGGCUGUGGAAAUGGAGUGGGAAAGGAGGUGAACCGUGAGGAGAGGAGCAUGAUGAAGAAGGCGAAGAAAGGACCUGAUGGCUGUGGAAAUGGAGUGGGAAAGAGGCCUAGACGAUCUGGUAAAGUGGGUACAGCUGAGAAAGGAGGGAGAUUAGAAACGCCAGAGAGAUGCGGGAGGAGGAGGAAGAAACGAGCAAGAGUAGACAGGGGGAGAGAGGCAGCCGGAGGAGGUAGUGAGGAUGGCCGCCAGGAAGUGGCCAAAGAAGGAGGAGGAGAGAGAAAGGAAGAGCAGCAGCUAAUCAGCUCGAAAGGAGGGGGAGGUGGUCAAGAACAAAGCAGCGGAGAGGGUGGUAUGCAAGGAGGAAGAGGAGGAAGAGGAGGGGUGCAGACUGCUGGCAAAAGAGGGAGUGGAGACUCCACUCCACACAUCGUGGAGGUGGAAAGAACAGGCUUAUCUGAUGAGCAGAAGGUUCGUGAAAGGGCGUCGAAACUGAAGAGACUGGAGCGGGAAUUGGAAUUAAGAGCAUUCUUAUCUCUGGAAGAUUGUAAGCAAUCGGUGCUGAGCAAGACCCGAAGGGGAUCGCUGCCGCCGCUUGCCUCUGCUGGUCGUAUCGUCGAUCGCACGAGAAGCGGACGGGCCGUUCUAACGCCAUCUCCUUGGUGGACUGCCCGCCUCCCAAGGUUCUCUCUCUCACCCACUCCUCUUCCAGCUCUCUCGGUCUCUGCUCAUCCUCGCGUACACGGGGACAAAGACAAUCGGGUGUCGGAGAAAGAGUGCGGAACUGGAUCCCGGAAAGGCAAGACAAAGAAAGGGGGUUGAAAUUCAUCACCGUCUUCCGCCGAACAUAACGCACAUGCGUUGUAAACGAAUAUACAAUGAAUAUGUUGUUUUCUAUUCGAAUACAUCGCAUCUGCGUUCUAUUCGGACACCCGGAGUAUUCGAACACAACGCAUAUGCGUUCUAUUCGAGUUAUGGAGUUUUUAUUUUCCCGAUAACUCGAAUACAACACAUAUGCGUUAUGUUCUGGGGAAGACGGAGUAAUUUCUCCUAUUACGUGCGCCGCCUUCUACCGUACUCAUCCCAACAUUAGAGCUGGACUUGGCCCAACAGUCAGUCUACAUGCAGUGAUAAUGACCGUGCGUUCUAUUCGGUUAAAGAAGGGAGUGUUCUUCGAGUGAAUUGACGUCUUGAUUUCAAUAAACAGACGGCACGAACGUUGGGUCGCGUGGGCAUCUCAGGGCGUACUCACACGUAGGACUUUUUCCACUUCUCUGUGGACGAGUUGUUGGGCUGUCAGAUGCAUUCAGGCGGGAUUGGGAAGGCGGUCAUAUACAUGCAGGAAAGCCGUUGUGUGUGUAUAACCUCAGAGAGAGGAGAGGGUUUGAUACCAGAGCCUCGCUUUGCACUUACAGGUUCGUCUUUCUGCGAACAAGGACGCCAACGUGGGACGAUACUUCAAGGUUCUCUCUCUCUCUCUCUCUCUCUCUCUCUCUCUCUCUCUCUCUCUCUCUCUCCCCUGCCGUUUCUUCCGCCAUAAGUCGUUUGCACACUGCACACUGUACACUGCACGGUAUUAGGUGUUUGGAGGAUAGAGUCGGGAUGCCGUCUCUCUCUCUCUCUCUCUCUCUCGCUCGCUCGCUCUCUCCUGCCCUUUCUUCCGCCAUAAGUUGUUUGUACACUGCACACUGUACAUUGUACGGUAUUAGGGAUUAGGAGGAUAGAGUCGGGAUCGGGUCACGUUCCGGUAAUGUAUAUGGUGUAUGAUGCCAUCCAGAAGCACGUUGUAUAUAAAUGUGAUUUUGACAGACAAAGCUCACAGAGGAGUUUCGAUUUCUCUAUUUGUGGGAGGAUAGCGAGUAAUGGGAGGAUAGUGAGCGGGGAGUCGAGGUAUGUAGGUACACAGAGUGAUCACCAUUUUCCUGACAACUGUACUACAUGAUGUGAAGGAUGACCAUAGUUUACCCUAUCCUGGAUUUCUGAGCACAAAAUUUGUUGAAGACACUGGGGCUUGUGUCUUUGCUUGGAACCCAAGGAGAGUGUCUAGUCUCAAUCCGGCUGCUGGAGAGGUGUGAAUCUGUGAACCAAGAGAGAACAAAAGUAAUACUGGAAAGUUGUUUAUUCCCGAGAACAAAGUUCAACAAACGUC